UUACUCCUCGUUCCGUGCUAGAAUUGCUGUGCAGCAACCUCGCAUGCCAUCACUCGCCGCAUUCACUUUGUACAUGCAUGCAAUUGGAUAUCUAUUCUUAACCAGAUAUUCUGUUCCUACCUUUUUUAAAUCAUCGGCAUUCUUUUAUAAGACGUCUGUCGCUCAGAAUCAGUACCCGCUUUCAAUUCUUGUCUUGAUGCGGUGCUUCUGCAUGGCUGCUGCGCAACUGAUCCGUUGUCUUGACACUCAGGCCUCGUUUGCUAUAUCCUACUUGCUGGAAUGAGAGAUUAGGGGUCGGUGGACAAUUCUCUCUUGAUGUCAGACGUUUUUUUUGGUUUUUUAAGGGAUUGUAAGUGCGGCUUCAGGGGUUUGUGAAGUUGGUGCGUGUUGCGAGUGCGGGGUUUGUGACGGUGUGGUUUUGUGUCAUGUUUUGAGGGGAGGUGAGGUGUUGGAGAUGGGAAGGUCGUCAUUGGUGACCAGAGGUGGAGGCGGAUGGUCUGGUGACCACAGGACUGGUUUUAUGAUUUUGGCUUUGGUAGCUCUCUUGUGUCGACUCGAUGCGACGUUGGCGGAGUCUUUGAGUCCAGAUACAAUGGACGACGCUGCUACUCCGAGGAAUGCUCCCGCGGGACCACAUUACAGAAAUAACUUGGAAUUGGAAGAAGCCCUUCGAAACUUCACUCAACGUUGCAGUCACAUAUCUAAACUUUACUCCAUUGGGAAUAGCACGCUUGGUGUACCUUUGUGGGCGUUGGAAAUUUCAGAUAAGCCUGGGGUUUCUGAACCUGAACCUGCCUUUAAGUUUGUUGGGAAUAUGCAUGGAGACGAGCCACUUGGUCGCGAGUUGGUACUUCUGCUUGCAGAAUGGUUGUGCGAAAAUUAUCUGAAAGAUAGUUCGGCAACUUUAAUUGUAGAUAAGUUACAUCUGCAUCUACUCCCAUCCAUGAAUCCAGAUGGUUUUGCUGCAAAGCCAAAUCCCAUGAGAAAUAAUGCGCAAAAUGUCGAUCUCAACCGUGACUUUCCCGAUCAAUAUUUUCCUGCAAAUAACAAUGAGGGGAAGCGACAGCCGGAAACUCGCGCUAUAAUGAAUUGGAUUCGUGCUGUUCGCUUCACAGCGUCAGCGAGCUUCCAUGAGGGAGCCCUUGUUGCUAAUUACCCCUACGACGGCAACCUUGCCGUAAAUCAAAACUGCUCUGUUUCACCAGAUAAUAGUACUUUUAGAUAUCUAGCUGGUUUAUACGCUAACAACCAUCCUUCGAUGUCCAAGAGCAAAGAGUUUGUUGGUGGUGUUACAAAUGGUGCUAAAUGGUACCCACUCUAUGGGGGCAUGCAGGAUUGGAACUACUUACACGGAAACUGUUUGGAGCUUACAUUGGAAAUGAACGAAAACAAGUGGCCGCCUCCCAUCAAGAUUUCUCAGCUUUGGAGUGAACAUCGUAAGAGCAUGCUAGAGCUGGUGUUGUCAACAGUCACAGUGAGUAUUCAUGGCAACGCUUAUCCUGGAUGUGGGGUACGCAAUGAGAGCUAUGCUUCUAGUUCUAAGCAACUAUCUGAAGGAUAUCCAUUAGCUGCGACAAUUAGCGUCAGAGAUAUAAAUCAUUCGAUAACCGCAAGUGGUGAAUUCGGAGACUAUCAUCGGUUGCUAGCACCAGGCAGGAUUUAUGAAGUGACAUCGAGCAUGGCGGGAUACUACAAACGCAGUACUUCUGUAUUCCUACCCAAUCGCACUGCCCUUGCUUUGGAUUUCAUCCUUGAUCCAUUACCUACUGCUACUGGUGACUCAUUCCGUUCUCAUAAUGCUAUUUCUGCACGCGCUCGACUUAGGGGUCACAGCCUGUUUGACGAGGAAAAAUUGAGUGUAAUGAUCCCACCAAAUCCACCAAAAUUUGCUUCUGGAAAAACACCGAGUGAACUGGAACUUAAGAUACCAGGUACUGUGUUGCAGACGCAACUUGUAGAGAUGGUUUCCUGGAAGCCGACAAAAAUUUACGGGAACGGAGUGCAUUUAGAUGAUGACUCAGGAUUUGCCCUACCUGCACAAUACCAUCCAACAUACGUUUUCUCUAUAGCUUCAGUGUUGGCUAUUCUAAUUUGGCUGUUUUACGCAUCUAGAAGUAGCUAUCGCCAACGUCAGAAAAUUCCUAGUUUGUAAAGAGUGAACACAGCAGAUAGCGAUAUUGAAAUCUCAUGUAGGUCGAAGAUGACAUUCAUCAUGAUACUGAAGAACCUUGAGGAAUUGGGGAUGACCAAAGGAAGGCGUAGCAUCAAUUUGGUUGGCAAUGGUAUACAGCUUUUUCUUGGCGGACAGACCAAUUCAUGUACAUCUGUCUUUGUAACAUUUUCUGUCUAAAGGCUGACCACUAUUUGCCAGUGUUCCAGGGUCUGCACAUCUUUGCAACCUUAAGAUGUAUAGACUCUAGUUUGGCACUGAAGUCGAAUUGGCGAAGCGAUGUUAAUGAUCUUA